UGUCACCUGAACCAGGUGGAGCUGUCGCUUUGAGACAUCCAAAAAGUUUGUCUGAAAAUCACAUGAUGUCUGUGGUCAGAGUGCCGAUCCCUUACUUCUUAUCAAGAUGUCACAGAGAUAGAAUAUCUGUCUUAGCAAAGACUCCAUUAGGCUCCACCAGUGUACCGAAACUGGACUGUCAUCACCAUAGUCCAAAAUAACUUCAGAUACAGUAAGACAACCUGCCAAAGGUUUCUAUAUGUGUACUGCUAUAGAACAGACACACUGGCAAAGAGCCAUGUUGUCUGUCCUGGUGACCUCAGACAGUGUGCAGCUUUUAACCUGCCGGGUUAGACUGCUGAUGUGACCGAAACACUGAGAAAAUGUGAAGCUGGUCGUGAGUUUCACAAGGGGCUCGAAUACCGGAGAUGCACAAAAGCGAGUGGGACAGACGAGACGGGAGGUUUCAGCUCGAGGAGAACGAUAAGCCGUUUCAAUGCGGCAUGAUAGCAGAAUUUGUUACCAAUCAGAUAUUACCAGAUGCAGUGUACACAAUGUGGUUGCUGUCUGACAGCAGCUCACGGUUUCCUCAGUCUGAACUCAGACUGUGAGCAGCAAUGGGGUUAUUCGGCUUUGCUAUACUGACACAUCUCCUCCUGAAAUGCUACGGGCAUACUUAUUUCUAUCAUCAGACGGAUGACAAUGAUGAUGAUAGUAAGAUCACCUUGUCCUGUAAGGCUUCUCUCUGGCGGAUUGACAACCAGGUGGAUUGUGAUUGGGAUGAAAGCCAGACAAUGAUAACUGACACAGUUCCCUGCUCACAAGGAUGUGGUGGAGAACUGAACAGCCAGGUGGAUUUAGACAGAAGGCAGAAAGAAAUAACUCCCAAUGGGUCCCACCCAGAAGGAAGUGGUCUACAAGGUCCUCUGUGCUGUUGCUCAACAGAAUGUGGUGAAGAUGGAACAUACCAAAUAGAAGCAAGAAGUGGAUUCUAUGCUUGUGUCUGUGAUUGCACUUUUCAGCCAAUAUACUCAUUCAACCCUCACCCUGAUGUUGUGGACACUUACAUUGUAGCUGUUGGAGGUACACAAUUUGAGCAUGAGCUGCCAACUCAACAGAAUGUAACUGAAGGGUCAGCCAUCCUUCUAAGCUGUCUCUUCACAAUCCACCGUCGUUGGUCCUAUGUGAUCUACUGGCUGAAGGUGAACAGUGGAAAUGGGAGAGCCACCUGCAUAUCGUCCUGCAGCAGUGAGGGCCGUCAUGACCAGAUCUGCUCUGAAGACGCACGCUUCACCUCACCAGGUCCUUCAAGACGUAACCUGCACUGGACCUCUCAUGAUGUCAGUAUCAACAAUAGCCAGCUUAACGACAGCGGUGUUUACGUGUGUGUCCUGAACAAGCUGAAGAGACGGAGAAAAAACAACAUUGAUGGACAAAACACACAGGACCAAAGUGAGCUGGACACAGAAGACAGAAAGAGAAAAAGACACUGGAUUGUAAUACGCAGCAUCACAGUCAAUGUGACAAGGAACAGCCAACCAGAGCCAACCAGGAAGAAGCCAGGAGCUGAUGUGGGCUGGUAUGUGGCUGGUGCAGUCCUGCUCAUCAUUCUAAUUGCUGUCAUACUUUUGCUUGCAAGACAAAAAAUGAAGAGCAACAAAGCAAGUCAAUCUCUAAUGAUGCAAAGGAGUUGCCAUGGGGACCAAGGCACCACUGAGCCAGACUGCGCUCCCUAUGCAGUGGGCGUCCGGCAGCAUGAACCGUACUCAGUAGUACACAUCAGGAAACAGACGGACAGUGUUGGGUCCACUCCAGCAGGACCCAGUGGACAGUCCUCAGAUGUGCCUGAACCAUAUUCAGUGGUUCAUUUCAGACCGCAGCCGGACAGUGUUGGGUCCACUCCAGCAGGACAGACUGCAGACGUGCCAGAAACCUAUUCAGUCAUCACACCCAACAACACACAGUGA